AUGGCUCCAACAUCAACUGUAUCGCUCCCCAAUGGACAAGUUUUGACAGUUGGGCAAGUGUUUGGGGGCCUUUCUUUCAAGGCGAACGACCUGCAUACUCACCACAACGUGUUUCCUCCUGGUUGGACUAUCAUUAUCAACACCGAGGACGAUGAGGCCGAUCAUGCUCCUCAGAGGGGGCAGCAAGACGAUGUGCCGCAGCACACUCACAUCCACCGCUACAAACAGCCGAGCCUGCGCAACGACCACAUGUUCAUCUCCUCCAUCUCUAAUCCCUCGUCCCAGGAGUUUCGGGCACCCACGAGUCCCACACGGCAGAUCGCCAUGAUGCUGUGGGCCACCUUGUACUGGUACUUUCACCAGCAAGAGCCUAGCCCGCAGUUGGUUACAGCUGCUUCAAAAGACACCCCAGAUGCAGGCAAGCCCAAGGGCGAAUGGCGGAUCAAUAUCAAUCGAGAAGGGAUCUUCAAGAGCAAACAACUCCUGCCCAAGCUCGAGCGAAUGGGCUUGAUUGCUUCGGAAGACUCCAGCGUAGGAGCAAACCCUGACAAUGGUGUGACGGGGACCGUAGUAGAAGGGUGGGACAACAUGUUCGUCUCACGCCGCAGCUUCUGGCAGCUGGAUCCGCGGCUGUAUCUCUUUACCCUCACGCCAACUCCUAGUAGUGCCCCUUUUCCCACUCUCAGUCCAUCGGGAUCUCGGCCUGCCAGUCCGAAUCGCAGCAGCAUGCAUCCCGCCCGAUCAGAGGAAGAAAGGCAUGUACAGACGGUUGGGCAAUUUCGUUCCAGCACGCCUCCAGGUCCCUUCCAUUCUACAUCCCAUCUACCCACAUACUAUCCACCUGCACCCCUUCAAUACACUUUCACCAACAACGUCCGGCACCCAUUGCGACCAAAACCCGCGCGGCAAGGUGAGACGAUCUACAUGCGCUAUAUUCCCAGCUUGGAGCAAUAUCUCAGCUUCCGCGUUGCAUCUCUCAGCAAGCGUCCGGUUCCCUACAAUGGUCCGUUCUCGCAAGCCGAGGGAAGUCUAGCCUCUGCACGCGACAUUCUUCGCGGCAAUCAAGGAACCGACAGUUCUAGCAGCAGUGCGCAAGGCAGCGAAACAAUGCACAUGACAGACGUGGAACUAUUGCACAAAUGGAUGAACGACCCUCGUGUGGCGUACAGCUGGGGUGAGCAAGGCCCACAAUCUCAUCAGGAGGAAUUCCUCAAGCACGGUCUGACUGCCAAGCAUGCUAUUCCUGUGAUAGGAUGUUUCGACGGCAAGCCUUUUGGCUUCUUCGAAAUCUAUUGGGUCAAGGAGGAUCGACUGGGAGGUUAUCUAGGAGGCGACUGCGGCGAUUUCGAUCGCGGUAUCCACGUGCUUGUAGGCGAGCAAGAGUUCCGUGGUCCGCACCGCUUGAGAGCAUGGUUACAUGCUCUGGUGCAUUAUUGCUGGUUGGCGGACUCGAGGACGAAUGUGGUGAUGUUGGAGCCGAGAGUGGACAACGUCAAAUUACGAAAAUACUGCGAGGAAGCUGGAUUUUAUAAGGAGCGGGAGAUUUCCUUCCCACAUAAGCAGAGCAAUCUGAUGAAGAUUAAGAGGGAGGCUUGGGAGGCUCCCGCAAUAUGA